AUGGAACGCGAUAGCCCAUUUAUGAGGCCAAAACUGGGUAAAAACUGUGAUGGAAUAUGCGUGAUAUUAGAAAGAAUAAUUUGCGAGAAUAAAAUAUGUGGUUUACCAGAUGGACUCAUCAAGGCAAUCUCAUCAAUAUCGAGAUGGGAUUUUGUGGCGGCCGCUACGCCUCAUGUUAUACGUUGUUGCUCCGCCAUGCUAGCGAAUCGAAAUCAGUUUGAUAGAAUGAACAUCGCUGAAACUAAAUUAAUGUACACCUUACACUGGAUUUUGCUGGAUGCUCGAAGUGAAUGCAGUACUGAAUGUAUUUUAUCCAUGGAGGUGAUCCAAUUAUUUGUUCAAUUAAUGGUGCCCCAUGCUUACAAUCUUAGAGAUGCGGACUUAACAUUUAGACUAGAAAAAGGUAUUAGAAUUUGGAAAGCGUUGAGACAUCAUCAAGCACCAGAGGUACCCGCUUUUACCGGCCAGUCUAUUAAUCAGAAUCCAUUAUUACAACAUAAAAUGGUGACUAAUUUUGAUACUGCUGUAGUGCGAUGUUUAACUUCCUCAAAUUGGUCAGAACAAGGUAUUACUUGGGCUAUUAUUUAUUUGCAGCAACAGCUAACCUACUCUAUCAAUUCAAUGUCUCAGCAAUUGCUAGCAGAUAGUGAUAAUAUUCGAGAAGCGCGCUCAGCCUCUUGUUCUCGAAUGCGCAAUACUAAGCGUCAUGUCCUUCAACACCAGCAACGAAGUUUAGAUCACCGCUCCGGUAAAGAGAAUACGCAAACGACCAACCUCACAUGUAAUCCCUUAAUGUUACAUCAAUUAGCCGUGAAUGACAUUAGCUGUGGAAAUAGUGAAGCAGGAAGCAGUAGUGAUAUCGAUGAUGUUGAUUCGGCAUCUAAGGAAGCCUAUGAUCUCUAUCGUGCUAAUAUUUCAAAUGCAUUCUGCCACAUCGUCAGGGGUCGAGCAAACCCUAGAUUAUGUGAUUUAAUUUGCGCUUAUACCUUAACUGUUAUAGAUUCUAAUUUUUUACCCUGGAAGUGCCUAGAACAUUAUACUAGCCAGGAAAAAGGAAAGCAAUUACAGGACAUGUUAGCCGUAUACAUGGGAAAAGAAUCGUCUAGUAAAUCAGAUUUAAGCCAUGAGGCUCUUCAACAAGUCGGUCAAGCAUAUGAGAUUUAUAAUUCUAUUUUAAUUCUCGUCGUCAAUGUAUUUAAACAUCUUGGUUGCCAGUAUGGUUGUGGCGAGGGCAUCCGAGGCACACAUGGCGAUAAACUACGAUCCCAAACUAUUGAUAUACUGAUACGAUUACGUAACACAAGUAAGGUAUUUUUUACCGCUUGCCUGAGAAAUUUUAUCGUCAAUAAUGCAAUACAAGAUACUCUAGAUUUCUAUCAUGCUUUAUUGGGAUUUUGCUGUGCAGAAAGUGGCACAGGUAAUGACAUGGUACAUCCUAUGAACAGCCAAAAUUUAGGUUCAAUAGAAAACUAUUUGCUCCUAUCGACAUUACAGACAUUUUUGCAUCAAUGCCAACAAUUUGAUAAUGCCACUCAUCGAAAUGCGACACUCUCAGGAGAAAUUCGCCAAUUACUGCGACAUAUUAGCCAUGAAUAUCCGGACGUUUAUUCACGGAUUGUUCUAACCAUUCUUGUCAAGUCUUGUAAAUUAUCGAAUCGAUCACCUGGGCUCUUUAGCAGUAGCGUACCUUGCUCAGAUUCUGUUCCUUCAUCAGACAGUGAUUUUACUGUCUCUUGUUCAUCAUCAUUUUCCGGCAAUGCUGAUUCAUCAGCCGUACAUAAACCAAGAAGCUUAUUAAAGAAGUUACUAACAUCAAGUUUCAAAGAAAGAUCGGAUACAAAAAUGAAUAAAGGAAGUAGAGGUGAAAUAUCGCCGAGUCAUUUACCAUCUAGCAAUACUGCCAGUAGUUCCGUUAUCCAGGACACUGGAGAGAUUACGGAACAGCCAAUGACGGAUAGAAGUACUCAAUCAUCGGCUACAUAUGCAAGUAAAAGCCGUAAUGACUAUGCAGCUGAAAGAAUCCACAGCAGAAAUACUGGUGCAUCUGUGUGGAAAAAGCACUUAUCCUUCCUUAAGUUAGGUCAAAAGGCCAAAAAAUUACGCCGAGAAUCCAGCAUUUUAUCCGAAGAAGGUUCUGCUUACGCUAACUCAAGUGCUAGUAUUCAAGCAAUGGAAAUUAAGAAAUAUUUAGAAAAUUUAAAUUGUGGAGUUUUGGAUUUUUCCUUUUUAAUUGAAUGCUCCCAACCAGGCUCUGUGCCUAGCCCCGCUUUGUUAACUGCCAUAUUCAAUCUGAAAUCACCGAUUGUUGCGAGGGCUCUUAUUUUUGCUCAACUUGCUCAUCUUGUGAAUCGAUGCCGUCAUAACGAAUGGCCCACAUGGAUGACGAGAAAUUAUUUACAAGGUCGUUCGACUACAGCUGUUAAACGGCGAAACGCUCGUCAUAAGCAAGCAGUAGCUGAAUCAUUUUAUCAAUGGGGUGUUGCCAUCGGCAAUAAAUUAAGGGAGUUACACGAAAGUGAAACAAUUGCAAAACAUAACAGUGCAGAAGCCCAUUUUGAACCUUUUGAGAUCACCACCUCUUGUCCCUAUUCAUUGAAGCUCGUUGCUUGCCAAUUAAUCUAUGAAAUUACGGCAUUUUUUGUGGAAAAUCCAAGUGUGAAGACAAAAAUCGAUAACUACAUAUCGCCUAGGAGAGAGGAGCCUCGUAGUAGCAGAGCAAGUGUUAAGCAGACUGUCGGUUUCAAGAGACGAAGGAGGACUAUUCGACAAAAAUCCAGAGCUAGCAGUGCAAAUUCCUCUCCACGCUCAAGAAGGACGUCCAAUGUUGAAAUAAAUGAUGAUGACAGCCCGCUUAAAGUGUCGAGUCAAAGUUUUGAUGACCGAAAACCUAUUAAAAGCCCAAGUGCAAGUGUUAAAGGUGCCCCUGCCAAUUUAUUUGAAAGGAGACAUUCUUCAGUGAAAUUGGCUAGGACUGUGGUCUAUGGCAUAUCAACAAGUAUUUAUUCACCGCGCAUGCAUGGCGGGCGUACUAGCAUUUCUAAAUCAUGGCGUAAAAAAUCAAGUAUGGCAGCUGCAGAAGUAGAAGUAGAAGCAAAGGAUGAUGAUAGCAGUAUUUUUAAACGUAGGAGCACAAAGAGGAGAAGGCAGUCGCCUCUAGACAGAACCAUAUCUGCGGAACUGGGUGGUGUAGAAAAUAGACGACGUUUUAUGUCAACUAGAGUCCGUAAAACCAGUAAAGGAUCCACGAUAAGCAAUUCAUUCCGACAAAGACUCAUCCAUACAGCAAGAAAAUUCGAACAAUCAGAGGAUAAUGAGCCAACAUCCCCAACAGUAAAAUCUAAUUUUGAUAUUGAUUCGUUCCCUUGGAUUCGGUCAGUUCUACAGCUAUGCACAGAUAAAGACUUCAGCUGCAAAUGUUUGCAGCAAGGUAACAGUAAAUGUUAUGUUAGCUGUCAUCGCUUUCAGACCGAUUGUUGCUACCAACUUUCGAACAUCAUGAAGCUAGUUUGCAGUCGAAUUCAUAUACCCGAUGAGUUAUUUAUUGCCAUUUUGACAUCAAGCAAGAGUCCAUAUGAAAAUUUUACUUCAUCAAAUAAAAGAUUAACUCCGUUUUUAACUUACUUAGAUAAAGAUAUGUCUUGCAUUGCUUGCUCACCAUUUUCAGUCAUGUCAACUGCUGCAGCAACUUUGCCUGAUUCAACCUAUGAAAGCCUUAUUCCUGUAACAUGGCAAUUGCUGUUAGAAUCGGAAUUAAAAUUAUCGUCUGUUGCUUCUACAGUUUUCCUCUUGGCCUCUUCCAGGAAAGAGGAAUAUGUGCAAGAACUCCUUCGAGGCGAAUUUAACUCAAAAGAUGCUUCACGUAUCGUUAAAUGUAUCCAAAGGUUUAGCAUCUUAUGGAGGAAUCGAUAUAAUAUGUCUCCUAAGCUUCCGCAUGCCGCUUAUAAAUAUUUUAAGUUCGGGCCACCACGUGUUAAAUUUACUUUACCUUCUCCUGCCUUGGGUCUACCAGCGCAAGCUGUGCCAGAUAUUUCGUGGGUUUUUGCAUCACACUACAGAAAUCCUGGAGACCUGGAUGAUAAGCUUUCCAUAGUUGGUUACCGAACUGAAGUAAUCUCUCAAAGAAGAGAAAAAAAAGAAAAAGAAAUAGCACAAAUGAAAGCAAAUCAGAGAGAAAACUAUAAAUUGCUCUCCAUACCGCUGAUAUCGCACGCCUGUAACCAAGACGAAGGCGAAGAAACCGAAGGGCAAGAUAAGGAAUACAAUCGAAUCAUGCAACAACCUUUCUUUCCUCCUUCGCUCACUGCUUCGGUAAUUGAUUUAAUAGCAUGCCUGGAAAAUGCUGCUACGGAUUUUAACGGCGUAUCUGUUAUGAAAACUAGCUUGCAAGUAAUAUGGUCUUGUCUGGUUGAAGAACCAUCGCUGUUUUUUCGACAUUUUAUCGAAAAUUUGUUGGAUCGUGGUUCUCAGGAUUUACUACUGCAAUCCAUUCGUAAGCUUUUGCUUUGCUUACCUUAUCUACCUCAGGCUGCAGCUCAUUUUUUACUGAAUCAUUUGGUUGGAGUUGUAAUGCAUCAAGUCAAUAAUCCAACAGAAUUUUCCAAGCGCUCCAUCAUGUCUGUAAUGUCAGUAGUAUGGCAGGUUGCUUCUCACGUCCAUGAUGUCAAGUUGAAAGAUAUCAAAGCCACUCUUCGAAAGGAGCAAAGCGAUUCGACGGUAUUAAUUUGCGCUGGAGGUCCGGGAGCUAAGAAAUUAAAGAUUUUUUCACCGGAAAAUCUAGAAACUGCUAUUGAAGUGCCGCUGCAUGAGGACAUGCAAAUGGGACGUGUUUACGAUUUUGCCAUUGCUCGAUCACAUUCACAUCGCGACGAGUAUUGCUUAAUAGACCAGAAGUCGGAUUAUGUUUUCGACUCAAAAGACUAUGUCAUAGAUUUCUACAGUCAUCGUAACAAUCCACCACCUAAUUUGUUGAUUAAGAAAUUAUCUCGCAAUGACAAGGAGCAACGAAUUUCUGCACAGAUUAUAACUAGAAAAUUGGCAGAAGUCGGGAAAUUACUUUUCACCCAAGUGCUAGUCCACGUUGAUGAUAAUCAGAUCUUACAGCAAUCCUUACAGCUCCAUUCUGAUUUAGUGAAGCUGCAAUCAUUCCCUAGGACCGCAAUUGAUGUCGAUUUCGUUCUUUGUGGUAUAGAGACCUAUGGUCGUGAAUUAAUCACUACAGAUAUUGUGCAAAGGCUUUCAUGGAUUAACUUUAUCUUGGAAUUGUUUCAAGGAAUUGGUUCGACAUCGUCAUAUUUAUGGUCUGAUGAAUUCACGUCGUAUAUUAAUAUCAUUAACGGAGCAAUAUUAAUGCAUAGUGAAGAGAAUAAUUGCUUCUACCAAUGUCAAUGCUUUAAUUCUUCAAAAUUUCUAUAUUCCAGUUAUAAUUGCAUCCUGCCGACAUUAAUACAAAUAUAUGCUCACCAUUAUCAUAAUUCGUUGGCUAAGCAAGCCAUAGAGUGCCUCGCUAUAAUAGAACCUUUGCUAUCAAAGCCAAACAUUGCCGUGAACGAAACCGAAAAAGACAACUGCUACGAUUCUGUAGAUUGGCAAUUCGACUUUAAAUUAGUUAUUCGCCUCUGUGUAGUAGUAUUUGUUUAUGCACCAGAAAGUAAAAGAAGCUUUCAGUUAAUGAGUAUUCUCAAUUUAUUAUUGCCCUACUAUUACGAUCAUCUCCGAGAGAAAACCCGAGUGAGCAAACAAAAACUUAUUGAUUGCAAGCUUGAAGUGGAUGCUCUAAACGAAAUUGCUUCUUCCAUCCAUUUAUUACUGAAGAACAGUAAAUUCAUGGCAAAGAGUUUUACCAUACCGCAAAAGUUAUAUAAUCAUUAUGUACUGCAUGGUGAUAACAAGUACAAAAGGAAAGAUAUGGAAAGCAGCAAUCAUAGUGUAUUCAUUGAUGUAACAAGUUCCAUAACUGCUAAUCAAACAUUUAGUUUAACUCGGCAAUCAACACCCCCUUACAGGCAGGGAACCUUCGAACAGGCAUCUAUGUUUCGUGAAGGCGAAAAAUAUGAUGGUGGUGCACGGAUCAAAGAUAGUCAACGCGGAGACUAUCUACUAUCUAUCGUGUCUACAUUUGUCACAGUACACUUGCAACGUCUAACUGAAUUAAGUCAUUACUUACCAAGGCAAUAUUCCAUUUCUGACGUCUUUGAUAAUAAUUGCUUUACGAUUAUUACCGAUGUGACCGUAUCUUUAUUCAAGCUGGCUCUUUAUGACUCUAGUGUAAUGCGAAAUGUGAAUAUCUCUAGAUAUUUUACACAAAUUAUGCCUGCAAUUGACUGGCUACACCCAAAUUUGUUCAAGUAUUUUCGAUCAUUUAUGAAGAAGUUAGAUAAAGUACUUCAUAGUUCAGCUAGAAUGCAAGCAUUCCAGACAUCCCAAAGUUGUGAAUUAAUCGUGUCUCUGGCAAAAGGAUUGACUACGAUCAUUCAGAAAAAGAAAGAAUUAGCUGGUGUUCAAACAGUACAGGGAGUAAUCAGUAGCUUAGUAUCCUUUCUAUACGAAAAUGUCCCUCCAUUUGAUGAAGGAAUUUCUGGAUACAAUGAUACAACUUUAAAUAGAGUACCCGAUGCCUUCCAACAAGCAGUGCUUGACUUGGUAGUUGUUGAACUUUAUACAGUUAAAGAAUUUUCAUGUUUAAGAGCAGCUUGCAAUAACGACUUCGAGUUUGGAGAUAAAACCGAAAAAGAGCUGGUCUUUAUCCGCUUUUUGAUACCUCUAACCUUCCAAAUUGCCAAGCAUAAUUUCUUAGGCAUGAAACUAACUUUUGAAUAUAUUAAGAAUGAGUGA